CUCGUACAUAUAUAAGAUGGACCACAGUACAGAAAAACACUAAAACUAGAAGAACCUCCAACAAGAAUCAUCUCAACAGAACAUCUGCUAAGCUCCGAUCAUAGAGAGAUGAAGAGCGUUCUCUCAGUGAAGAUGUUGGCGGCGUUGGCUCUGGUUCUGCUGGUGUCCAGUGCGGUGGAGGGACGGAUUCUCAGUAAAUGUGAGCUGAAGGCUCAGCUGGACGCUGCUCAGUUUCAGCAGAUUACAGCCAUGGGAGAAAAAAUAACCAUGGACAAUCUCAUCGCUAGACUUGUCUGCAAGGCCAACAGCUCAGCCUUCAACACCAGCUUUGUCAAAGCAAUCAUGGUCAACAAUAAGGAGAUGAAACCAGCUCAAGCCCCACCUCAAGCCCCACCUCAAGCCCCAGCUAAAGCCCCAUCUCGAGUUCCACCUCAAACCCCACCACAAGCCCCACCUCAAGCUCCAUCUAAAAUCCCACCCAAGCCUCAUGCACAGGCCCCCACUAAAGGACCACAGGUGCCCGACCACAAGACCAAGCAUCCAAAGCUGAACGCUACUGCCAAAGUUUCCGGGCAGCUGUACGGUGUGUUUCAGCUCAGUGAUCAGCUGGCCUGUGAUUCUGGCAUGAUGCCGUCGCUCAAUGUCUGCAACAUGAGCUGCUCUGCUCUGAUUGAUGAUGACAUUACCAAUGACAUCGCCUGCCUGAAGACCCUGAUGAACACCAUGAAGCCUAAACCCAUAGAGAAGCCCACUGAUGGUAAUAAGAUUUUGGAGGAGCUGAUGGUGAAGGAGUGUCGCUCUGUUGUUCCCGCAAAGUACUUUGCAGACUGUGCUUAAAACAGACGGGCCAACAGACCCGCUCUAGCUUCCUUACAAACACAACAGUCUGAUGGUUUCCAUACCUCUGAGGUCAAUUUUGUGAAGGUGGCGGUAUCUGUGUGAGUUUAUUAAAUGUCUAAUGACUUUUAAUAGAGAGAGUUUGUGCAUUAAGACACUUUAGUUUAUUGCUGUAAUACUGUGAAUGUUUACAUUUCUGUCUAAAUAUAUAUCACUGUAUAUCGUUGUGCUGCUGCUGAGGGCUUUUAAAUACUGUCAUUUUAUCAUAAACAAUAAAAUAUGCGCUCAAAAUAAA